AUGGGCUACAACCUCAUAAUGACCCUUUUGUUCCUCUCCAUGCUUAUCAGCUUCCUUAGCCAAAUCCCAACUGAAGCUGCUCCAAUUGUCUACAACCAUAUCUGCACAAACACAACCACUUUAACCGCCAAUAGCAACUACCAAUCCAACCUCCUUCGCCUCCUCGCUUACCUAUCCUCCAAACCCACCAGCAACCUGGAAUUCUACAAUGCCUCCGUCAGAAACUCUGUCGACAUGGUUUACGGCCUCUUUCUGUGCCGAGGUGACCUCCCUGCCGUAGACUUCCAAAAUUGUGUCGCCGUGGCAACCAAAGAGAUAGUCGGAUACUACGCUGAGGAGAAAGUGGCAGUGGCUUGGUACUCGGAGUGCAUGCUACGCUACUCUAACUUGUAUAUCUUCUCCACCAUGGCCUCCGAACUUGCCUCUUCUAUUUCGAGUACGGAUACAGUUUCAGUGCCUAACCAGCUUUAUGAGCUAGUGACGGAAACAAUGAAAGGUUUGGCAAGUAGCUUGUCAAAUGUUGCGUCUGGAUCCAAGAAGUUUGGGACAAACGAAGUGAAAUUCACAGCUUCACAAACACUAUACACCCUUGUGCAGUGCACGCUGGACAUGUCGGGUUACGAUUGCAAUUGGUGUCUUCAGAUAGCAAUGAAGAAUCUCUCGGGUUUCUGCGGAGGAAAGAAAAGUGGCAGAGUAAUGCUUUUGAGUUGCUUUCUUUGGUAUGAUGUGUACCCGUUUUACUUGACGGUAAACACAACAUCAGUACCAACGCCAAAUCCAGCACUUGUUCCUCCACCACCUAGUUCUGGCUGCCAUAGCUCGAGCAAAGAGUAA